GCAAAUGGCGCCAAAACCACAAUAACAUAAUUUGCAAUGGAGAGUGCUCCGACUGCUCCGAGUGAUAGAGAAUACAGUGCAUACAUGUGAAUGAGAAUAGUAUAAGACAACAUAGCAAAAAAACUUUUGGGACAUUAAAUUCGGACAUUUCGGGAGAUUCGAUCCUCUAAACUAGACACGACGUCCAGAAUUUUUGAUUGCGGAAAUUUGUGUCAGUGUGAUGGCUUCUGUUAAAAAUCUGAGGAGAUCUACGCGAGUGAAAACUAAUGUGAAAUAUGUGGAGGACAGCGAUGAGACAACACCCGACAGUACUCCACGAGCUAAUAUAUUAAAGGCUGAGAUAGAGAAACAGCUUGAAAAUGUCGAAGAGGACAUACAGAAGCCACUUGAACUAUUUUCUGACAAAGACGUAAGUGGAAGAAAGCUGUAUGGGUUUCAAACGCCAACGAAAAGGAACAGCAUGAUGAUUAAAGCAAAUCAGUGCCGUACACCCGAGACUCCAAAAAGUUUCAAGACACUUCCAGUUCUAAGAAUUGUUCUUGAAAAGAUUGUAUCGCAAACUGAAAAUCAAGCGAGCAACAAGGAUGCAAAUAUCAAAGUGUCUAGAAAACGAUAUUUGCCCAGUGUAAAUUCAAGUGGCGACGAGAGCGUGUCGGAAGACAGCGAAUACGUACCUUCAAAUGAUGAAGACAGUUCUGAGUCUGACGAAACUUCUGAUAAAAGCGAGGAUAGCGAGAAUUCUGUAAGCAAGGAAAACGAUAAUAGAAGGGGAAUUAAGCAAAAAGUACUGAAAUCUUUGCCAAAACGCGAGAUACAGAGUCCGCUUAAGAAAACAGGGAGAGGACGUAAGAAUGUUGCUUACAAGGAUUACCAUAUAAAAACAGAUGAAUACUUUGAAUCUCAAUCGGAAAAGACAGUCACGUCUGAUCGUACAUUAGGAAGACUUCGGAACGCUCGUCUUACCGAAGAAACACUAGAAGAUUUAUUAAUCAAUCAAAAUCAUAUUUCUUCAUUACAUAAACAACGUAUUUGUGCAUUGACAGAAAACUGUAGAUCGUUCUUUUCUAUGUGGCAAUUUAUAUUGGAAGAAGGCUACAGUCUGCUACUUCAUGGAAUAGGUUCAAAAAGGAAUUUAAUAAACGAUUUCCACAAUGAGAUAGCAGAUCAUCCAACAUUGGUUGUAAAUGGAUUUUUUCCUAGCUUAACACUAAAAGAUAUACUUGAUAAUAUAAUAACGGAUCUGUUGGAUUUAAAUUGUCCAGCAAACGCUAAUGAUUGUUUAGAUCUUAUCGAAAAAGUUAUGAGAGAUAAUCCGGAUGAUCGACUUUAUUUAAUAAUCCACAAUAUAGAUGGGAUAAUGCUGCGUUCGAAUAAAGCUCAAAAUAUUCUCGCCAGUUUAGCAGCCAUUCGGAAUAUUCAUGUCGUAGCGUCUGUCGAUCACUUAAAUGCACCACUCCUUUGGGACCAUAUAAAACGUGCCAAGUUCAAUUUUUAUUGGUGGGACGCGACAACAUUGUUGCCAUAUCAAGCAGAAACUUCGUAUGAGAAUUCCUUGUUAGUUCAACAAAGCAGUGGACUUGUGUUGUCGUCUCUUCAGAAUGUCUUCCUGUCUCUCACGUCAAAUGCUCGAUCAAUUUAUCUAAUUCUCGUCAAGUGUCAAUUGAGCAACAAUAGUAGUAAUUUCGCAGGGAUGCCAUUCAAGAAUUUAUAUCGAGCAGCGCGCGAACAGUUUCUAGUCAGUUCCGACUUGGCAUUAAGGGCACAAUUAACAGAAUUUAUCGAUCAUAAGUUACUACGGACUAAACGUACAGUUGACGGUGCUGAACAUCUGAUGAUACCCCUUGAUAAGACUCUUCUCAAACAAUUUAUGGAGCAGCAUGGAUCAUAACUGUUUGAACCUAACAAAGUAUAUAUAUUUUUGUAAAAUAGUCGACAACAAAGGAAAUAUUAGUUUAACAACUGUCUUGAGCUAUUAAUUCCUUUAUUAUACGGAUUGAUUAUCGCAUUACAAUUUAUCAUAAAUUAUAUAUAUAAUACGAUAAUUUCAUACACAUUAAUAUGUUUUAUAUUAUUUAUUAAAAUCCAGAGGUGAAAUGACAAUUCUAUGACUAUUGUGCAAUAAUCGAUAUAUAUUUAAUAUUGCAACAAAA